ACAAAAAAGAAAGGAAAAUGGCAAAACGCAUAAAGCAACAACAACAAACACAUCACACAUACGCGCACAACAACACACGCUCACGAAGCGACUAAUGCAGGCGCGGACCGUUCAAAAGGAAAGGAAAAGUGCUCGUCGUUUCCCCUGAAAAUUGUUUAUGCACACGCAAGCAAACAUAUGUGUUAUAUGUAUGUAUGUAUGUAUGGAUGUGUAUAUGUAUACGACGUAAGGGUUUAUGCUGCAGUUAUGUGGACUGCUUUGUGUGCGCGCUCAUAAAUGUCGGUAAAGUCGAAAAUCUUUAUGUCUAAGCGGAAAGUCUGUUGCUAUUAACACAAAAUAUGUGUGAGUGAUAACGGUAAAAAAAAAUUCGUAUGUUAUUUGCGAGUUUGUGUUUCAGAUGUGUUGUAUUUGCACCAAAGUGACCUUUCACAGUUGGAUACGAAACGAAGUCAGCGCCGUGCGUUCAAACUCCCCCAAACGAAGCAGCAAUUUUACAUGAGCUACAGCAGCAAUAGCAAAUAGCAGCAGCAGCAGCAACAGCGGCAGUGGUGGCAGCGGCAUAGCCAAGAAAAGCAGUAACAACAACAGCAACAAUAACAACAACAACAACAAGUAUAACACAAAACAUCGGCAUUAAGUAUUACAACAACAACAAGUACAACAGCAACAACAGCGACGACGUCGAGUUUAGUAUCCUGUAAAGGCGCUGCUCACAAAAAUAUGAAAAAAUCGAUGCCAGACUCCGAUACUUCAGCAGUCACAGUCACAGCCAUAGCCAUAUCCACAGCCAAAAUAGCAGCAGCAGCAGCAGCAGCCGCAGUAGCGGCAGUGUUAAGAGCAGUAUCAGCAGCUACACAACAACAACGACAACAACAGGAAUAAUAACAGCACACUGUCCGGUUGCAUUGCAGAAUUGAAUUCAUUCAUCGCCGCACUUUGAUAUAUUUUCCCUGAUUUUAUUUGCUGGUGGUGCUGUGGAAACAUUUCUGUUUCGCUGGGCAUAAAAGGAAAAGCCAGAAAUUGUUGUUACAUACAUAAACACACACAUAUAUAAAUGUAGUUGUUGAUUUUCCGGAUUUUUAUAAAUUAUUAACCUACGCUUAACAUAAAAUAAAAUAAAAAUAACUUAAAUUAAUAAUAAUAACAAAUAAAUACGAAAUAAUGGCCACCUCCUCGGAUUUAUUGCAUACAAAUGAAUCGAAUAACUGUUCCGAUGAGUCGAUUAGCAAUUGUGCAAAUUCCAGCAAUCUAGCGGAGUCGCAAGCCGAUGAAGAAUCAAUACAAACAAAUAAUGCAGAUUCCGAAGCGGCAACGUCACCUGGUGUCCACGAAAACGAAGACGUUGACUCCAAAGCGGAUUUUGGUGCAACACCGUGUCACGAAAAGACAGAGCAGGCAGAGGCAGAGGUCGCGGUGGACGAACAGCCACAGCAGCAAGCGCAGCAACAGCAGCAGCUCGAGCCAGUGGAGCAAACAACAACACUUGUUUCAUCCUCCGCCACAGAAACACAGCGACCAGAGGCGCAUAGCAAUUUUUCACCAGACGAAAUACCCGAACCUAUUAAGGUGCUAGAUGAUAUAAUCUCUGAGUUCGAAGAUACAUCAAAGCCAGCGAACGCAGGUGGUAAUGGUGAAAAUCAAUCUGAGGACGAUGGCUACAUGAGCCUUAGUCGCAAGAACAUGCAUAAGCAAGAUUUCGAGAACGUCUCUCAGAGCAGUAUUGGCAGUAAUGUACCACCCAUUACCACACCAACUAAAGAGUUUCACGAAUUUAACAACACUACAGAUGUUACCUGCCAAAGCCUGGAAACACCUGCCGAACAGAAUAUUAUACAAUCCACAUUGCCAAAAGCGCGUCCAGCCUCGGCACUGACGAGCAACAACUACUCCAGUCUGCCAUGUUGCGGUGCGCGCUCCACAUCAUUGGAUGGUAAAACUACGCGUGGCGUUAGCUGUAAUGGUGAACGUAAUAAGCUGGGUAUUGACAUAAGUGCGGUACAUAAUGCGGUAUUACGUGGAGGAUUGGCGAAACUGCCAGAGCCAAUUCUAAAUGAGCAUCCCGUUACAAUAUACCCUGGCCGCUAUUCACCACCUUCAGAGAAUAAGCGCGUAUCCAAUCGUCCACAACGUAUAUUAUCCUCCGUUGAGAAACACAAAGAAGUUUGCCAUAUACUUAAUCCUUUGUCCUCGAUCUCUUCUUCAUCGUCGUCGUCAAGUUCGAAUUGUAUUGGUCUGAUGGAUAAUAAAGCGUUGGAUAUACCAAAUAAUAUUUUGAAAAAGCCAUAUAUACGUAAGGAUAACAUUGCAAAUGAAUUUAGGUUAGUAAGUGAAGAUGAUUUCUCGGACGAUUCAAUUGAAGAGCAAUCAUUAUCGCCAAUUACAUCGCACUCCUCACCACACAAACAAACCGGUAUUGCGUGGGAAAUACAUUUUAAGAGUAACAAAAAGAAGUCGAAAAGUUCAGCGAAAAAGAAAUCGACACGAAAGCAUACUCUCGAUUGUGUUGCUACAACGGAGAAUGGUGUUUACCCCUUACCCAUUGUGGCUAGUGACGUCUUUUACACCAAAGAAAAUGAACGCGCUUAUCGCCGAGAACCGAUUGUUAUAGACGCCUUGGAUGGGUCCGAUCAAUACACAACAUCCUCUGGGGAUAUUUUAAAUCACUGCAUGUAUCGACACGGGAAUACGAGUAUGUUGGGUAAAGGUACUUUUAUCAUACGACGGCCCACAAAUAAACCACCAACAGCAAUGGAUAUAUUUCAAAAGGAUGCUGAAGCGCUCGAUCGCGUAGAUACACGCGACCAAAGCGACUAUGAAGAGUUCUCUUCCAUGGAGGGUCAUGAAAACUGUAGGCCGAGUGAGACAUUAAACGCGAACGUUAGGCAUAGCGGAGAAUUAUUAGCGCCACAAGGGCCAACCUUGCCAUCACCGCGUGAUCGUCUUUCUUUAAAUCUCGAGCCACAAUUACCAAAUAUUUUUACCAAAGAAAUGCUGGCUGUGCAUAAAGGCGACCGUUCGUCGUCUGAAGAACUUCUUGUCCCUGUUAAGAAGACAUCACUUAAUAGAGAACCCAAGAGACGUAGCACCGAUUCGAUCAACACAAAGUCUUCGAGUUAUGAAGAAACUGAAGAAAAUGAGCCUAACGAAGUUGCAACCUUUAUUUCGGGUAAAAAUAGUUUUGAUGCGUGCAAUAUGUAUGGCUACAAGAAUGAUGCAGCAGGCUGCUUAAAAGGACAAGAGUUUUCGGACCUCCGCUCCUCAACAACAACGACUCCACGCACCGAUCUUGCACCAACACUCGAAGAGGAAGAGGAACAAUACAGUGACUUUAGCUAUAGUGGAGCGCCAGGUAAAGAUACAGACAAGGUCGAUGGCAAUAUUAAUGCACUGCUACGUGGAGAUAUUGCCGCCGUACGCAUCGUUGAAGGUGGUGCACAUCAUAAACGUCCACUCGAAUUUCGUCCCGGUGUGCAUAAGUCUGAGAGUGCCAAAGAGAUGUUAUUGUCUCAAAGCGCGUUUGGUCCAUUGCCGCCUUCGCCACCGUCAUCAAAUCCCGAUCUAUUCGAUUAUGAUGCUCUGCCACUGCCACCAUCUCCGAAAGAUCCGAUCCUAGUAAACGAGAGCAACCGUAGCCUUGGCAAAGGCUUUAAGAAAACGACAACUGCCGAAAUACAUACGCCGUCCUCGUUGGGCGGCGAGGAACGACGAAAUCGUGACAAUAUGAGCGCUUUGCGUUAUCUCAGCAACGAAUUGCCACCAUUACCACCGCCUGCUUUUGAAAAUAUGCCACCGGUUGUGCCCCCACAUCGUGGCCACUCGGCGAAUACGAUGAAAUCUUGGUCCAUUGAUUCGCAUUAUAAGAAGCGAUCGCCGAAAAUGUUAGGUUACGGUAGUGGUAUUACUACGCCAACGGGAUCACAAUAUGAUGGCUCGUAUUCAACGAAACGUUAUGUUUCCUAUGGCACCAAGCGUAGUCUGAAACAGUCACCACGCGAAGAAUUGCGUUUGCAAACUUCAUGCAGUCUGCCGGAGACACCAAUUUUUGCAAGAGGAAGCUGUGACAUACCGCGCACACCGUUCAGACGUCAACCCGAAAGUGCCAUAAGUGGUUCGCGUACAGCGCCUCGUUCCAGCACCUCACAUAGUAUUAAUAUGGGUAACACCAUGGGCGGUAUUCCGGGAGGUGGCAACACCUUCGGUGCUGGCAUGUGCCGUCAACGUUCCAUGAAUCACGCGCUUGCAUCGAACGAGAUGUUGCGCAUGGCUGGCGCACCGGCGCGCGGCUGGUAUCCCAAACAACGUUCCAUGCGUCCCGCAUCUACCGAGAAUAUUGAUCGUCUCAGUUCGUCGCGCGUUUGGGAUAGUGCAGCUGGCAUGUCUGGGACUGGUCAGUCAAGAAAACCAUUGACUUUGCCACCAAAUUUGACGCCCUCAUUUUUAAAUAAAUCACCAAGAGAAGCUCUGCGUCGCGUAACAAGCCUUUUGAUUGCGAAGAAAAAGAACACUAAAGAGCGCAAGGGCAAGCCAUAUUCGGAUACCACUUUGGAUGGAAAUCUACCAUUCGAACAAGAAACUGCACUCCCACCCACGCCAAAGGAACAGGCGCGCAAUUUUAACAAUACGUCACAGAAGCCUCAGAAGAAAAAAGGCCUUUUCAAAAGCUUAUGGAAAAAAACAAAACACUUUUCAUUAGAUCAAUAAGUAAAACAACAAUAACAAACAUGCAAUUAAUUAAAUAUACGAAAUAUUUACACAAUUAGCACACAAAACCUUACCCAUCCAUCCAGAAGAACCAUAAAACCACAUAAGAAAACUUAGCCAACCACACACCCACACAUAUACACACAAACACAACUAACCGUGUUGCACCAGCGAUUAACAACUAUUUAUUAUCGUUAUAUACUCACAGUAAGCGUAAGUUAUAGGCCGUUGAUAUGAUGCUAAAACAUAAUAUACAUAGGUACAUACAUACAUGCAUACGUACAUAUUGAACACAGCAGCGUGAAUGAAGCAUUAGUUAUGCUAUGCCAGACAAAUUUUUACAUAAAAUAUACAUAAAAAAUAUUAUUACCGACAAGCAUCAAUACACAAAAUUACGCGUAAAUUUCAUUGAAAACAAAAAAAAAAUAUUGAAUAAAUAAAAUAAAUUUAAAAAAUUAGUAAUUGAAAAAUACGAUACACAGAGUAUAGAAAUGCACAAAGCCGCAAAACUAAAGACUGAAUUUAAAAAAGGAACAAAAAAUUAAAUAUUGAUUAUGCAAAUAUAAGACGUAACUCAGUUCAGCUUCACAUAACUAAAAACAGAAAACUAAAAAAACGAAUAAAAAUAAAGCAAAAACAACAAUUACUUCCAAUUUUUUAACGUUUUCGAAGAAAAAAAUAAUAAAAAUGUUCAGACUUGCACGCAUCUAAGAGCUAAAAAUAAAGAAAAAAAUAAAAAAAAAUUAAAAACUUUUCGUCAACAACUUUGGUACCAACAACUAUGUCGUAGAACUUACAGCCAAAAUUUCGAGACUUACUGGUGUAUGUUUAAAUUGACUGUAACUAAUUAAACUUUAGUAAAACAAUAAAGAGAAAACGCCACAAAAACCGAAAGAGGCAGGCGUGCCUAGUCAACAAAAAAUUAUUACAUUUUUAAGUUUGUAGUUUAAUGUACUUAUUUACUAAAACUCUUCCACUUACUUACAUACACACUUAUUAUAUAUUUAUAACGUAGCUACUAUAACUACAAUUAGCAAUACCUAUGUUGGGUUAUACUAUUUAGAAUAUGUAUACUUUUGGCAUUUGUGAAUGCAGGCUUUCAUCUAAUGUUUUCUUUAGACUGUUAAGCAUACCUACACACACAGACACACAUGUAUUUAUUGAAGAUAUAUAUUUUUAAAAAAUAUUUGCUCCCAUAUUUUUAAGCAAUAUUUGGCACCUGCAUACAUACAUAAAUAUAUAUUUAGGCAACAGUAUGUAUGUAGCCGUUAAAAAAAGUAUUAUUAUUCUCAUUUAUUUAUUUAAGGUAUGUACACAUAUGUAUGUAUUCCAUAGUCAUUUUUUAUAAAGCAAAUAAAGUUAGCAGAAAAAAACUAAAGCAGUUAGUAGGAAAGCACCGAAAUUGUAAUAACACUCAAA